UUCUAUUAUACCAACGAUAUUUUGCUGACACAAAAGUGUACGGCACACAAAAAUACUCUUGCCUCUUCCUCUGAUCCAACCAUAAGUGCAUUUCGUAUGUGCGCAGAUUAGUAGUUUGAAGGGUGAGAAUCGCAGAGAACAGCCUAAAUGACAAUACGCGCGAAACGUUUAUAGAUUUUAACUAAUACCGUAUAUUAAUAAUUAUUAUCAAUUAAUACAGUUGUUAUCUGAGAGCGUUAAUAAUUAGUUGAUGUGUCUGAUAAAUAAAUUCACAUUCAUCUAAAGAAAAUGGAGAAACGAUUUCCAUUCCGGGCAGAAUAUGCUAAAGAAAAUGAAGGAAGGUGUCAUACUUGCGGACUUAUGUUUGAUUCUGAUUCAUUAAAAAUCGCCAAAUGUUUACCAAGCCCUGUUCAUGAUGGUGUGACCUAUCAAUGGCAUCAUCGUGAUUGUAUCUUUUCGACACCUCAGAAACCACAAUCCAUUUCGGUUAUUGCUAAUUUUGAUAAUAUUAGAUGGGUUGAUCAAGAAUACCUGAAAAUUAAAACUGAAGGAUGGUCUGAACCAUCAACCUCUAAGGUAAUUUAUGAGACAACAACGGAGCAAUCACAAUCGGACGAUUUGGCAAAUUAUAGAAUAGAGUUCAAUGACUCGACAAACGAAGAUCAAAAAAUUGUUUUGACAAAACUUCCAACAGUAGAUAACGAAAACCUGCCUCCAGUAGCUAAACGAACAAAGCUAGAUACAACAGUGAAAAUGGAUGAUUGGGUUUAUUUAAUGAAGAAGCAAAAUGAAAAAUUCUUUGAUAUGAGAGAUGAAAUUAAACAACUAGACGAAGAAGAUAUGAUCAAAUUGUUAACACACAAUAAUCAACGAUAUUCAAAAAAUAAAGAUGAACUUAUAAACGCAUUAGCUGAUCGCUUAGCUUUUGGAUCGGUGAACGCAUGUAAAAAAUGCUAUGGAAAAAGAAGAUUUAUUUCAGGGUAUGGCUAUGUGUGUACGGGAACGUCAGAGUGGGGCAUGUGUCAAGACAUAUCUACAGAUCCAAAAAGAACUGAGUUUAAAAUUCCUUUAAUUUAUAAGAUAAAAUAUGAUUUUCUCAGGUCCUACGUUCCUAAUGUUGAGAAAAGAGUGAUGCGUAUGACUGCCUCUGCAAACUUGUCUAUUGAUCAUCAAGAUUCUGAAAAUGCUGAACAGAAGAUUAAUCCUAAUCUUCUAAAACAAAAAUUCAAAUAUAGAUCCGGAGGAUAUUUUAAAGGCAUUGUAAUUGAUGUAAAAACUCAUCUUCAAGGUAUUGCUCAAGUUUAUGAGUGUAAUGGUGAGAAAUAUACAGCUACACUUGCUGCGACUAACAUUGCAGAAGAUUUUAAUUCUUUCUAUAAGCUACAAAUUUUGCAGUAUAUUCAUGAAGAAAAAUUUUCCCUUCUUCGCAGUUGGGGCAGAAUUGGAACAAACAGAGUAGGUUCGACAUUUAGUGUAAUGCCACUUUCAACGUGUAUCGAAGAAUUUGAAAGAUAUUUUUUUGAAAAAACUAACAAUCAAUGGGAAAAUAGGGAUCAAUUCAUCAAACAUUCUUAUAAAUAUCAUUUAAUUGACACUCGAGAUGAUGUUGAUUUUAAAACUGAAAUUAAAAGUGAAUUAGAACCACCGAUUUGGAAUCUUAUGAAUUUAAUUUUUAAUUUGGAUCAUAUGAAAAAUUUAAUGGUAGAUUUUAGUAUUGAUGUUGAUAAAAUGCCAUCGAGUAAAUUAUCAAAAACUCAAAUAGAUAAAGCUUUUUAUGUAUUGCUAGAACUUGAAAACUUAAUUUUAUGCAAUAUUUCUGAUAAAACAACGCUUGUUAAUGCUUCAAACAAAUUUUACACAUUAAUACCACACUCAUUUGGUACUUCAGCACCUCCAAUACUUGAUAAUUUAAAAAAAAUUCAAGAAAAAGCUGACAUGUUAAAAGCAUUGCUCGAUUUAGAGAUUGCUUAUAACUUUAUAAGUUCUGGAACUAAUAAAGAGCAACAUCUUCUAGAUGCUAUUUAUGAAAAACUUAAAAUCAAAACUGAUAUUCUUGAUAGUGAUAAUGAAGAAUAUAAACUUAUUGAAAGAUAUGCUAAGAAUACACAUGCUCCAACUCAUUCUGAAUAUACAUUAGAAAUUGAAAAUAUAUUCAAGAUUGAACGUCAAGGUGAAGCUGAUAGAUAUAAGAGUUUUGAAAGUCUACAUAAUAAAAAAUUGUUAUGGCAUGGAUCUAGAACAACUAAUUUUGCUGGUAUUUUGUCUGAAGGUUUGAGAAUUGCUCCUCCAGAAGCUCCAUCCACUGGUUGGAUGUUUGGUAAAGGCAUUUAUUUUUCUGAUAUGGUCUCCAAAUCAGCUAAUUAUUGUCAUGCUAAUAGGGGGAAUCCCACUGGUCUUUUAUUACUUUGUGAAGUUGCCUUAGGGAAUAUGGUAGAGAAACACCAACAAUGUCCAGACAUAGAAUUACCGGCAGAUAAACAUUCGGCUUUUGGUAGAGGAAAAACUUGCCCAAACCCAGAAGAAAUUUAUAAAUUUCUGGAUGGAGUUGAAAUUCCAUAUGGAACCCCAAUUAGUAGCUCAGAUUUAAGCUUAACUGAUCUAGUACUUUUAUAUAAUGAGUAUAUCGUAUAUAAUCCUGCUCAAGUUAAAUGCCGAUACCUUGUUCGUAUGAAAUUUAUUUUCAAUAAUUAAGUUAACGCAUAAUUUUUUUUAUAACUCAUUUUCUACUUAAUGUAUUCUUCUAAAUUUGUGUUCGAAAGUUAUUCUUUUUGGUCUAAAACUCUAAACUUCAACUUAUUCUCUCAGAUUGACAUUUUAAUCGACCACAUGCGUAAUUUGAUUGUGUCUGUAAAAACUCAGAGAGUUAUACAGUAAGAAAAUUUAUUAAUCUUAUAUAUAAAUCUAUUUUUUAUAACAAUUUUAUAUUCAACCAUUUAUAAUUUUAUAAUAACCAUCACUC